AGGGAGAGGCGGGAGGCAGCGGCGCGGCCGAGCUCGUGGGAGACGCUAUCGCAAGAUGGCGUCUGCGAGGCCGCGGGAUGCGGAGUGAGCGCGCCCCGCCGGGGGCUGUGCGAGGCUGCUGCUGCUCUCCCCGUCGCCGCCGCCGCCGCCGCCACUGCGGCGCCGCCUCUCCGCCAGCCACUGCGCCGCGGCCAAGCCUCCUGCCUCGCAGGUACCUCCUCCCGCGCGCACGCUCCGCGCCUGAUGGCAGCGACAAGUGCCGGCUCGCGGAGAGCUAGCGGGGCUCCCUGGGCCCGGUGCGCCCGACAAUAACGCGUGAAUAACUUUUUCUUGCAGCGGUCCCCCGCGUCCCGGCCUGCAGCCUCCCCGGGCGCCGGCGCCCCCAGCACGCCCCAUCGGGCACCCCACUCUCUCCGAGGUGUGGGUGCGGCGGGCUGAUGAGGUGAUCCCUAGCCCGCCUGGGAGGAGCGCCUGGACUCGCGGGCGGCGGCGAGCGCCUUUACAAUGGCCCUGACCCUGUUUGAUACAGAUGAAUAUAGACCUCCUGUUUGGAAAUCUUACUUAUAUCAGCUACAACAGGAAGCCCCUCAUCCUCGAAGAAUUACCUGUACUUGCGAGGUGGAAAACAGACCAAAGUAUUAUGGAAGAGAGUUUCAUGGCAUGAUCUCCAGAGAAGCAGCCGACCAGCUCUUGAUUGUGGCUGAGGGGAGCUACCUCAUCCGGGAGAGCCAGCGGCAGCCAGGGACCUACACUUUGGCUUUAAGAUUUGGAAGUCAAACCAGAAACUUCAGGCUCUACUACGAUGGCAAGCACUUUGUUGGGGAGAAACGCUUUGAGUCCAUCCACGAUCUGGUGACUGAUGGCUUGAUUACUCUCUAUAUUGAAACCAAGGCAGCAGAAUACAUUGCCAAGAUGACGAUAAACCCAAUUUAUGAGCACGUAGGAUACACAACCUUAAACAGAGAGCCAGCAUACAAAAAACAUAUGCCAGUCCUGAAAGAGACACAUGAUGAGAGAGAUUCUACAGGCCAGGAUGGGGUGUCAGAGAAAAGGUUGACAUCACUUGUUAGAAGAGCAACUCUGAAAGAAAACGAGCAAAUUCCAAAAUAUGAAAAGAUUCACAAUUUCAAGGUGCAUACAUUCAGAGGGCCACACUGGUGUGAAUACUGUGCCAACUUUAUGUGGGGUCUCAUUGCUCAGGGAGUGAAAUGUGCAGAUUGUGGUUUGAAUGUUCAUAAGCAGUGUUCCAAGAUGGUCCCAAAUGACUGUAAGCCAGACUUGAAGCAUGUCAAAAAGGUGUACAGCUGUGACCUUACGACGCUCGUGAAAGCACAUACCACUAAGCGGCCAAUGGUGGUAGACAUGUGCAUCAGGGAGAUUGAGUCUAGAGGUCUUAAUUCUGAAGGACUAUACCGAGUAUCAGGAUUUAGUGACCUAAUUGAAGAUGUCAAGAUGGCUUUCGACAGAGAUGGUGAGAAGGCAGAUAUUUCUGUGAACAUGUAUGAAGAUAUCAACAUUAUCACUGGUGCACUUAAACUGUACUUCAGGGAUUUGCCAAUUCCACUCAUUACAUAUGAUGCCUACCCUAAGUUUAUAGAAUCUGCCAAAAUUAUGGAUCCGGAUGAGCAAUUGGAAACCCUUCAUGAAGCACUGAAACUACUGCCACCUGCUCACUGCGAAACCCUCCGGUACCUCAUGGCACAUCUAAAGAGAGUGACCCUCCAUGAAAAGGAGAAUCUUAUGAAUGCAGAGAACCUUGGAAUCGUCUUUGGACCCACCCUUAUGAGAUCUCCAGAACUAGACGCCAUGGCUGCAUUGAAUGAUAUACGGUAUCAGAGACUGGUGGUGGAGCUGCUUAUCAAAAACGAAGACAUUUUAUUUUAAAUUUUUAAUUUGAGGGGAAAAGAAAUGUUUUACAGAUGAAGGAAUGUUUUAUAGUAAUUUAAUUUGCUCCUGUAGCUGCAUUAUUUCUUGAUUAGAGGUUUGGGCAUAUAACCAGAUUAAAGUGAAGGAACUUUCUGUUGUUUUUGUAGCACCGCUCAGCUGUCUUGUAAAACAGUGAACACACGCUUUCUGGUUCUAGUAAUCCUGGGUGUUUAUCACGUUCAGAGAAACUCAAGCUAUUGCAUGAUUAGCCCCCUAUCUGGCAAGGAAACCCCAUACAGAAGAAACAACAAACCUGCGCCUGCACCGCCUCUGCGUCCUGGGUAGUCUGUGCUUGUAAUCCAGCAUGUUUCACAGAGUAAGCCUGUUGUGACUUUGCUUUUGGGGUCUAUGUCAUUGGUUUCUGAUGCUUGUACAAACACGCACACACAAAUGGAUAAAACAGCACCUCUGGCUGUUGCAUUACCAUAAACCAUAUCACAUGCCUACAUUUUGCAAAUGAUUUCUGGUUUCUCUUAGUUCUUCUCUAACAUAGUACUUUCUUUCCAGCAAAAGCAAAAUGUGUUUUCAGAUUUGUUACUUUAAUAAAAGUUAUCCAUACCAAUAAAAAGUGUACAACACAGCA